GGGCGGAGCCGGAGCCGGAGCCGUGGCGCCUGGAGGCGAUCGGGCCGCUCUCUCAAAGCUCAGAGCAGUGGAGAGACUGUGCGGCGGGGGUCGGGUCCGGAGCGCAGCCCCCAAGCUGUGGUGGGCCGAGAGGAUCCGCACCUCGAGCGGCCGGAGCUGCACCGGGACCCUCCCCAGGGACGCCGAGGCCGGGCGGGCCCCGGCCAUGCGCGCCGCUCGCUGAGGCCGAGUGAGGCCGCGAUGGAGGCGCCGGCUGGCGAGCCCCCGGCGCGGGGCUGCGUUCCCCCGCCCGCGCCGGUCCUGGAGAGGAAGAAGAGCCACCGCGCGCCGUCGCCGGCCAGGCCCAAGGACGUAGCCGGCUGGUCGUUAGCCAAGGGCCGCCGCGGCCCAGGCUCGGGCGCCGCUGCAGCCUGUAGCGCCGCGUCCUCAGCGCGGCCAGACAAGAAGGGGCGCGCAGUGGCGCCAGGGGCACGAGGCGCGGGGACGCGUGUGGCCGGGGUUCGCACCGGAGUCCGCGCCAAGGGCCGUCCGCGCCCGGGUGCCGGGCAGCGACCUCCGCCUCCGCCGCCCAGCCUCACCGACAGCAGCUCCGAGGUGUCCGACUGCGCGUCGGAGGAGGCGCGCCUGCUGGGCCUGGAGCUGGCGCUGAGCAGCGACGCCGAGUCGGCGGCCGGGGGGCCGGCGGGGGCCCACACCGGGCAGCAGCCUCAGCCCGCGCCGUCCGCGCACCAGCCUCCGCGGCCGCCCGCUUCCCCCGAUGAGCCAUCGAUGGCCGCGUCGUCGGUGGGCAGCAGCCGUCUGCCUCUCAGUGCCUCGCUCGCCUUCUCUGACCUCACCGAGGAGAUGCUGGACUGCGGGCCCGGCGGCUUCGUGCGCGAGCUGGAGGAGCUGCGCUCCGAGAACGACUAUCUCAAGGAUGAGAUUGAGGAGCUGCGGGCAGAGAUGCUGGAGAUGCGGGAUGUCUACAUGGAGGAAGAUGUGUACCAACUGCAGGAGCUGCGACAGCAGCUGGACCAGGCCAGCAAGACCUGCCGUAUCCUGCAGUACAGGCUGCGCAAAGCUGAGCGCCGCAGCCUUCGUGCUGCCCAGACUGGCCAGGUGGACGGAGAGCUCAUCCGAGGUCUGGAGCAAGAUGUCAAGGUCUCUAAGGACAUCUCCAUGCGGCUGCACAAGGAGCUCGAGGUGGUGGAGAAGAAGCGAGCACGGCUGGAGGAGGAGAACGAGGAGCUCCGGCAGCGGCUCAUCGAGACCGAGCUGGCCAAGCAGGUGCUGCAGACGGAGCUGGAGCGACCCAGAGAGCAUUCCUUGAAGAAAAGAGGAACCCGCUCCUUGGGGAAGACAGACAAGAAGCCUUCGGCUCAGGAGGACAGCGCAGAUCUGAAGUGUCAGCUGCACUUUGCGAAGGAAGAGUCGGCCCUCAUGUGCAAGAAGCUCACCAAGCUCGCCAAGGAGAACGACAGCAUGAAGGAGGAGCUGCUCAAGUACCGCUCCCUCUAUGGGGACCUGGACGCUGCCCUGUCAGCUGAGGAGCUGGCGGAUGCUCCGCACUCGCGGGAGACCGAGUUGAAGGUGCACCUGAAACUGGUGGAGGAGGAGGCCAACCUGCUGAGUCGCCGCAUCGUGGAGCUGGAGGUGGAGAACCGGGGCCUGCGGGCCGAGAUGGACGACAUGAAGGAUCACAGUGGCGGCUGCGGGGCGCCGGAGGCUCGGCUGGCCUUCUCGGCCCUGGGCGGCAGCGAGUGCGGGGAGAGCCUGGCAGAGCUGCGGCGACAUCUGCAGUUUGUGGAGGAGGAGGCGGAGCUGUUGCGGCGCUCCUCGGCGGAGCUCGAGGACCAGAACAAGCUGCUGCUGAGCGAGCUGGCCAAGUACCGCUCGGAGCACGAGCUGGACGUGACGCUGUCGGAGGACAGCUGCUCGGUGCUGAGCGAGCCCUCCCAGGAGGAGCUGGCGGCCGCCAAGCUGCAGAUCGGCGAGCUCAGCGGCAAGGUCAAGAAGCUGCAGUAUGAGAACCGCGUGCUCCUUUCCAACCUCCAGCGCUGCGAUCUCGCCUCCUGCCAGAGCACGCGGCCCAUGCUGGAGACGGACGCCGAGGCGGGGGACUCCGCGCAGUGUGUGCCCGCUCCCCUCGGCGAGGCGCACGAGCCCCACGCAGCCCGACUCUGCAGAGCCCGGGAGGCCGAGGCGCUGCCUGGGCUGAGGGAGCAGGCGGUCCUGGUCAGUAAAGCCAUCGACGUCCUGGUGGCCGAUGCCAAUGGCUUCUCUGCGGGCCUUCGGCUCUGUCUGGACAAUGAAUGUGCUGACUUCAGGCUGCACGAGGCCCCGGAUAAUAGCGAGGGCCCCAGGGACACGAAGCUCAUGCACGCCAUCCUGGUGCGGCUGAGCGUGCUGCAGCAGGAGCUCAACGCCUUCACGCGGAAGGCAGACGCCGUCCUCGGGGGCUCUGGCAAGGAGCAGCCAGAGCCCUUCUCUCCGCUGCCCACCCUGGGCUCCCAGGGACCUUCCAAGGAGAUCAUUCUGGCCAAAGACCUUGCCUCGGACUUUCAGCCGUCUGACUUCAGGGAUCUGCCAGAAUGGGAGCCCAGGAUCCGAGAGGCCUUCCGCACGGGUGACCUGGACUCCAAACCUGAUCCCAGGAGCUUCAGGCCUUAUAGAGCUGAAGACAAUGAUUCCUAUGCCUCUGAGAUCAAGGAGCUGCAGCUGGUGCUGGCCGAGGCCCAUGACAGCCUCCGGGGCUUGCAGGAGCAGCUCUCCCAGGAGCGGCAGCUACGGAAGGAGGAGGCUGACAGCUUCAACCAGAAAAUGGUCCAGCUGAAGGAGGACCAGCAGAGGGCGCUGCUGAGGCGGGAGUUUGAACUGCAGAGUCUGAGCCUCCAGAGGCGGCUGGAGCAGAAAUUCUGGAGCCAGGAGAAAAACAUGCUGGUGCAAGAGUCCCAGCAGUUCAAGCACAACUUCCUGCUGCUCUUCAUGAAGCUCAGGUGGUUCCUGAAGCGCUGGCGGCAGGGCAAGGUCUUGCCCAACGAGGGGGAUGACUUCUUGGAGGUGAACAGCAUGAAGGAGCUGUACCUGCUGGUGGAGGAGGAGGAGAUCAGCGCCCAGCAUUCUGAUAACAAGGCCUGCGCGGGAGACGGCUGGACCCAGAACACGCCCAACGAGUACAUCAAGACCCUGGCCGACAUGAAGGUGACGCUGAAGGAGCUGUGCUGGCUGCUCCGCGAUGAGCGCCGGGGUCUCACGGAGCUUCAGCAGCAGUUCGCCAAGGCCAAGGCCACCUGGGAGACAGAGCGGGCGGAGCUCAAGGGCCACGCCACCCAGAUGGAGCUGAAGGCCGGGAAGGGGCCCGGGGAGCGGGCAGGGCCCGAGUGGAAGGCGGCCCUGCAGAGGGAGCGAGAGGAGCAGCAGCACCUCCUGGCCGAGUCCUACAGCGCAGUCAUGGAGUUGACACGGCAACUGCAAAUCAGCGAGCGCAACUGGAGCCAGGAGAAGCUGCAGCUGGUGGAGCGGCUGCAGGGUGAGAAGCAGCAGGUGGAGCAGCAGGUGAAGGAGCUGCAGAACCGCCUGAGCCAGCUGCAGAAGGCUGCCGACCCCUGGGUCCUGAAGCACUCAGACCUCGAGAAGCAGGACAACAGCUGGAAAGAGACGCGCAGUGAGAAGAUCCACGACAAGGAGACGGUUUCCGAAGCUGAGCUGGGGGGAACCGGCUUAAAGAGGACCAAAUCUGUUUCCUCCAUGUCUGAGUUUGAAAGUUUGCUUGACUGUUCCCCCUACCUUGCUGGUGGAGAUGCCCGAGGCAAGAAACUGCCCAACAACCCUGCCUUUACCUUUGUGAGUACUGAGACCGUGGAUCCAGAGAAAGAUACCAAGGAAAAGGCAGGGCUCACGCCUCAGGACUCCAACCGCCUGGGUGCGCUGGGCUGCCAGGACUCUGCAGGGAGGCACAUGCAGCGCAGCUACACGGCUCCAGACAAGACGGGCAUCCGAGUCUACUACAGUCCCCCAGUGGCCCGGCGCCUGGGUGUCCCUGUGGUCCAUGACAAGGAGGGCAAAAUCCUCAUUGAGCCUGGCUUCCUCUUCACCACAGCCAAGCCCAAAGAAUCAGCUGAGGCCGACGGGCUGGCCGAGAGCUCCUACAGUCGGUGGCUGUGCAACUUCUCUCGCCAGCGCCUGGAUGGGGGCUCAACGGGCAGCGCCUCGGCAGCCGGGCCCGCCUUCCCCGCGGCCCUGCAUGACUUUGAGAUGUCAGGCAACAUGAGCGAUGACAUGAAGGAGAUCACCAACUGCGUGCGACAGGCCAUGCGCUCGGGCUCGCUGGAGAGGAAAGUGAAAAGCACGUCCAGCCAGACGGUGGGCCUGGCCAGCGUGGGCACACAGACGAUCCGCACGGUCAGCGUGGGCCUGCAGACUGACCCGCCCCGCAGCAGCCUCCACAGCAAGAGCUGGUCACCCCGCAGCUCGUCGCUGGUGUCCGUGCGCAGCAAGCAGAUCUCCUCCUCCCUGGACAAGGUCCACUCCCGCAUUGAGCGGCCCUGCUGCUCGCCCAAGUAUGGCUCGCCAAAGCUCCAGAGGCGCUCGGUGUCCAAGCUGGACAGCACCAAGGACCGCAGUCUCUGGAACCUGCACCAGGGCAAGCAGAAUGGCUCGGCCUGGGCUCGCUCCACCACCACGCGGGACAGCCCGGUGCUGAGGAACAUCAACGACGGGCUGUCCAGCCUCUUCAGUGUGGUGGAGCACUCAGGGAGCACGGAAUCUGUGUGGAAGCUGGGCAUGUCCGAGACCCGGGCCAAGCCCGAGCCUCCCAAGUACGGCAUCGUGCAGGAGUUCUUCCGCAACGUGUGUGGCCGCGCCCCGAGCCCCACCGCGGCUGCGGGAGAGGAAGGCGCCAAGAAGCCCGAGCCCCUCUCCCCGGCCAGUUACCAUCAGCCGGAGGGCGUGGCCAGGAUCCUGAGCAAGAAGGCCACCAAAUCAGGCAGCAGCGAGGAGGCCAGAGCCACCCUGCUUCCCCAGGUGGGGAAGGACGGUGUGCCCCGGGAGGGCGAUGGCACCUCCGUUCUUCCCAAUGAGGACGCUGUCUGUGACUGCAGUGCCCAGUCUCUUGCCUCCUGCUUUGCCAGGCCGUCCCGCUCUGCUAUCCGCCACUCUCCUUCCAAGUGCAGGCUGCAUCCCUCUGAGUCUGGCUGGGGCAUGGAGGAAAGAGUGGCCCCUGCCAGUGAGUGAUAGAGCAGCCCGGCUCCCUGCCUCGACCAGCCCAGUUCCUGGGAGGUGGAGAGGAGGCAAGGGGCCAUACCCUGGAGGGACAGCAGCUAUACCACUGCCAGAGAAGAGCUUUCACAUCAAGGUAAAGCGGGUCUCCUGCUGACCAGUGGGUGGUGAUCUCUGACUCCCAAGGGAAGGCACUGAGUGGGAGAUAGACCAAAACUGGGCCUUAGAAGCAUCCGCAGAGAGCUCCAUUGGGACCAACCCCUGAGUCCUAAAGGAGACCCUUGCCUGGAUCCACCCAUACCCACUUCUCAGAAGAGCCCAGGAAGAGAUGCACCUCUGGUCAUGCUUCAUGGAAGGGGACUCACAGAGAUGUUCCCUGUUGACCACGUAACCCUUCAUGGGGAGGAGAUACCACCGAGAAAAUGGGCUCUGCUCUAGGGCCCACCUUGGGUUCCUGGCAGAGCUGGGCUAGCCACCAUCCCCUCCUCCUGGCCCUGCUGCUCUGGAUUGCUGGGAUUCUAGGGGGUAUGAUAGGGCCGUAACCAGGGCCAAGAAUAUGCUCAGAGUCCUGGAGCCUUGGAUCUCCUUGCUCAUACCUGGAGCAGUAAGAACUGGGAGACAGUGGGAAUGAGUAGGGCUCAAGUCAGGGAGCCAUUGAAAUUUCCUCCCUUGUCAAAGUGAUGGGGGCGGGGGGAACCUUUUGGGAGACUCCGUGAAGACAGAAAUAGGUAGAGUCAGUCUUAAGAACUGGUGCAUAAAAAAAAAAAAAAAAUGCCUACAUGCCCAUGCCUUGACCUGGGGCCUCUUUCCCCAGCACCCUGGAGGAGACUACACCUCCUCUGUGUUUACAUCCUGCAGCUGGUGGAGGGCAAAGAGACUCCCAGCAGGAGACUCCCAAUUGGUCACAUCAGGCCAAGGAGAAUUCACAGUAGACUGGAGCCCAGAAACACAUUUCUUGCCUAGAUUGUUUAUUUGAAUUUUUCGUACUAUAAAUAUUUAAGGUGGUUUACUUUAUUUUAAUAAUUUAAUUGACCCCAAAGUCCUUAAGGUAAUUUAUUGGAGAUCGACACGUGUUCUUGCCACUGGGACAAUGUGGGACUUGUAACACCAUGGAUAGGCAUGGGGUCCCCAGUGUGGACCAGAUGGCUCAGCAGCCACGCUCUGGUCUCCUGGUCAGUUUAGGAGGGCCCCUCACCAGACCUGGUGCCCUGUAGCUUGCUCCCCCAACACUGCUGACCCUUUAGCCCAGAGCACUACUUUCCAGCACCUGGUCCUUGCGCAGCCCCCAGAGGUCAGUCUGUAAAUGCUCUGGAUGGGGUGGUGGGCCAGACUGUUGUCACCACUCCCCCGGCAUUCUCCCUUUCCCUCCCGUCUCUGAAACCUUCUGUAAUGAGUCAAACAUGGAUUACGACAGCUCUAUUAAGAGCACAGAAAUCCCUCCAAGUUCCCUAAGUGAGAACUCGCAGGAAAACAGGAUGGACUUCAAGAAUGUUGUUUACUGCCGUUUUGCACAUGGAUCUGAGAGUGUCUGCCCGCCUGCCUCAGUUCUCACCAACCUGCCAGCCUUUUCACCAGCCUGUCUCCUCAGCCUUAUGGCCUCUCACGGCUCUUCUCCCAGCCUUGGAUCCACCACCUGCCCUUUCCCAUGCCCAUGGCAGCUGCCCGCGCCGUCAGAUGGACUGAACGUAGCUCAUUGCAGUACCGUGAGGAAGGUCUCAUGUGGCCUCUCCCUUGGUGCCAGUGAACCCAUUUUGGUUGUGCACAUGCCCACCCCCUACACACACAGAUGUGCAGCCCCACUGUCGCUGACUGGGGACCCAGAGUUACAUCACAGGAUGGAUUGGCUUGUCUACACAAUUCCCCAUCAGAAAAGCCAACAGCCUUGCAAGUUUUCCCCCGACCCUGGACUCAGCAGAUGCCUCUGUACUCCCUCCUGCUGGUUCCCAGCCUACCCUUUCAGGGUCAUCUGGACCACUUAGUUCUUCACCCAUUCCCUAUUGGCAGCACAUCAGGGGCACGCCCGUCCUUCCAGCUGCUUCCUUGUGCCCCAGUGACUUGUGUGGGCAUAGCUGGCAAGCCAUGGAGCCGUGGGCUUUUCCCCCGAGAUGCCAACCCUCCCACUCAAGAGGUCAGGAGGCCCCUCUAAGGUUAUCUGCAGUGAGAGGAUUCACACCAGGCCACAAGCCACCAGAGGCCUUUUGCCACCUCCCGAGUUGAAGAAGGCCAGGGAGGCUGCGCUCUCAGCCUUGGGGAAAAAUCCCCAUGAGACCUGAAUUCACCCCAGGGCCCACGGGCCGCUCAGCCUUACCAUCGUCCUCAUCUGAGAUUGUCGUGCCAUCUUCGUUGUCUGGGCAUCUAGCCCUCCCCAGCCCCCAGCGGGUGUUGGAGGCUCCAGGUCUUGGUUUUCAGUGAAGUCCCAGUUUCCACUCCUUGCAUGCCACUGUGCAAGGCCACUCGUCACUGUUCCUCAGAAGCCUCUGGACAUGGGGCUUGGUGGGGUUAAAGUGUUAUGUGUAAAUACUGGUUUGGUUUCAUUUUUAGCAUUUUACUUGGUAACUGGUUGUUUUCUUUUUGGGGGUGGGAGGGUUGGUUUGUAAAAACUCUCUACUCUUUUGGAAUGUAAUUUCUAAGUUUGUUUCUUCAAAUGCCUUUUUUAUGUCUUGGUAACAUUCCCAAAGCAGAAAACUGCCUGACCCACAAGUGGGGGCUCCCCUGGAGGAUUGGGGUGCCAGGAAGGAAUGCUGCCCUUCUUCCCUUUCUUCCCCUUCCUGUUCCCAUCUACCCUUUACUCCUACCUGCUUUUUCCUCCUCUUCCUCCCUUAGCUUUCUUCCUCCUUUGCCCCAUUUCCUCUUUUUUCAACCAAAGUCCCAAGGAACCCUGGGGUCCUAAUCUCCUACAGACUGCCUGAUGUGGGUGCAUGGGUUGACAUCAGUUGGUUGGGGGAGGUGGGGGACCAACUCCAUGACUGACCCAAAACUGGGUGACUUUACAUUUCCUGUGUCUGACCUCUUCCGCCAAAUUAGACUGUCCUGGAGGCAGCGGUGACUGUACAUGAAUGAAAAUAAAUCAAACCACUUUGGUGCAUUGGCUCUAAGGCCUGGAUCACGCACAAGUCAUCAAAAUUCAGUUCCCAGUCCUACCAACCCUUUCUCCCAGUCUUUCCUCACCAAAAGCUGGCCUCCAAGAGGUCUUGCUGUCUAUGACCACAAAAAAAAGAGCCCUAUCGCUUGGCCCCCAAAGGAAUGCUCUUCUAUUUUCUGGCCUCCAGGUGACAAAGCUGAGGGCCCAUAGACUUGAUCCUCUUACACCCUGAUGCUGGUAAGGAGCCAUCAUACCUGCUCUCAGGUACUUUUCAUGGAUUUAUCACCCAGCCUCUUUUGCCCGGAUAAUGUCAACGCUCUUCCUCCCUCUCCCUGCCCAUCUAGGGUGUCUCCCUGCUCCAGCCUUAUCAGCCACCAAGUCCCUCUACCUCUUCACUAAUAAUGACAACAAUCCCCUAUACAUCCCACCAUGAGCACUUUACUAUUUGGAGAUCACUUUCCUCUUCCCCAUCUCCUUUAGGUCUCUCAAAGACAACUUUCCGGAGGACAGAAACUGAGGUACAGGCCGCAUCCCAGAGCACCCACCUGGGAAGCCAGCAAGUUUAGACAAGAACUUUGGUCUAGUGGAUCCCCUAGCCCUACUCUGUCCCGAUUGCUAUGCAAACCCACUGUGUCACUGGGAGCACUGGCAAGGCUUAGGACACCCAGAACAUGCCAUGCAUGUUCACCAAAAUGCCACCAACAAGUCUACCCACCCCAUCACUGGACAUGUGUUCCAGAGGGUGUUCUGAGGACCCCUGCAUUGGAAUCCUUUGAAGGCCUGUGCAAGAUGCAAAUUCCUGAACUCCACUUCAGCCUUCUGAGACAAGAAUCUGCAUACUUAGCCAGUCCCCAGGGUAUCCCAAGCACUCCUGGCCACAGCAUUUGUGUUCACAGCCUGACCAUUAGGCCAUCAUUCUUUUCAUCAGUAAUUACAAUGUUAUAUUAUUUUAUUUUAUUUUUGCAGUAAUGGGGAGUGAACCUAAGGGCCCUCCACCACCUAGCCACCUCCCCAGCUCUUUUUUAUUUAUUUAUUUAUUUAUUAAAUUUUGAGGCAGCAUCUUGCUAAGUUUCUAAGCCUGGCCCCAAAUUUGUGAUCCUCCUGCCUCAGCAUCCUGAGCUGCUGGGAUGACAGGCAAGCACCACCAUGUCCAGCCUGCAACACUGUAUUCUUAAAAAGAGUACUGAGCGCCAAGCUGGGCCUUACAGAACCUGGUCCUUCACCAAACUCUGCUUUGGUCUAAUUACCCUGAAGAUUUCCAAAAAAUUCAGAAACAAUGAACAAUCUUAUACAUUUUUUAAUAAUUUUUUAACUUGUUGAUAGAACUUUAUUUAUUUAUAAGUGGUGCUGAGGAUCGAACCCAGCACACAUGCUUGGCAAGCGCUCUACCACUGAGCCACAACCCCAGCCCCUUAAUCAUACACAUUUAAUGAGACAGCAAAAAAUAGAAAAUCAAAAGGCAAGAUAAUGUAUUCUUCAUAUCUGCCUGAUUUAAUUCCCAUAAAUGUUACUCUUGUGUUUCUUCACAGGCAUAGCAAAAAGGAAAAAAAAAAUCAUAUGAUUUUAUAACUUUCAUCAUCCAGUCAUGGCAAGCAAGCAAUUCUUCUGCUACUAAUUUAAUAUAUAUAUGUCCUCUCUUCAAAGGCCUGGAGCCACUUAGUGUUAUUACAAGUUAAGCUGAGAUGCAAGGAUGUUUUCCAGGAGACUAUUGUUAAAAAAAAAAACAAACUGCCACCAACUUGAAUGACCUUGGCUCAAUCAUGUGGCUAGCCUAUGCCUCAGUUUCCCCAGCUAUAAAGUGGGGAUAAUGGCCUACCUCUUGUGGCUGUCGUGAGGACCAAAUACAACACUGUGCCUGCAGGUCUACCUGGAAAAGUGCGAGGUUCUAUACUAAUGUAAAUGGUUUGACCACACUCAUUGUUCCCAGGUCAGCCCCUCAGUGCCCUGGUGCUGGGGAUGACACUGCCUCAUCUGUUUGUUGGUUUUAAUAAAUAAAAAGGAGACUACAUGUGAAUCUGUACCAACCUCCUCACUUAUUUUUUUAAUUGUGGCAAAAUAUACAUAUUGUAAUUGGCUACUUUCACUUUAUUUUUAGUGGCUUUUAGUAUGCACACAGUGUUGUGUAAUCCUCACUCCCAGCCAUUUCAGAACUUUUUCAUCAUCCCAAACUAUAACUCUGUAUCCUCUAAACACUAGUUCCCCAUCCUCCCUGCUGCCCCCAGCCCCUGGCAUCCUCUAGUCUCCUUUCUUCCUCCUUGGGUCAGCCUACUCUCAGAACCUCAUGGAGGUGGAAUCCUACCACAUCAGUCCUUUGUCUUAGCCUUUUUGAUUUUUAGGUGAGGAAAUCAGGCCCAGAGAAGGGAGUAGCUCACCCCGGGCCUCACAGCAAACCAGAGGCAGAGCCAAAACCAGGUCCUGGGCUGACUGCCAGCAGGCCCUGUACCCCUGAUGAGGCACCUCUCUGCCUUUCAUGAUCUUGGCUGAGCCCCUUUCUCUGGGCUUGGUGUACUUGCUUCCAUCCUCUUACUCAUCCUCUCAUUUCUCAUCUUCCAAAGACCCCUGCCUGCCCGCCUCCCCCCACUCCCCCCCAAGCUGAUUCCUUCCAGCAGAUGGAGAGUCAUUGGCCCAUGGCCAGGUUUUCCUCCUCUGGGCCCCAGGUUUACUGCCGUACCAGCUCUCAGCCCUCCCGGGACAUCCCCGCCCCAGCACUGUUCCUUCUACAGAUUUCUUACAACCUCAAUGAAGCCUCCCUGCCCUCCUAUCAGGGGAGUGCUCCUGUCAUCUCCCAACUUCAAUAUUUGCUCUCAGAUCUGGUGUCCUGCAUUCCAUGCUUGUUUUGUUUCCUCACCCCAGAGGGUCCCCUUGCCCUCAUGUAUCAGGCAGUACCAGCCCUGCCAGCCCUUCCCAUUGGGUUCACCCCACCUCAGCAACCCCAAAGUCCAGAAGGAUAACCCCCAGUCUCCCCCUUGAGCCACACUAUCUUCUCUCUCUCUCUGCAGCCUCCCGGCACUUUCCACUGGGGGGCUAUGGUGGAUGUGGACUUGGAUCCCCCUCUUGGAUGGCCCUGGUUGUAAGACAGAUUCAGUCUGACUCGGGUUCUUCUUUCCCUCUCUCUGUACAUCUGUCUGUCUAACCAUUUUUUUCUAACCCUGCGUAUCAUCACCUCCAGAAUAGUUUACCCUGGAAGAACCUAUAGAUUGCACUCCCAAUGUGCAGAAUCCAUAGACCCAAGAUCCAAAGGCGACCGAGGACAUAAUGCCAGGCCUGAGUCCCUCUUCAAGGCUUCUCCACCACCUGCCCUGCCCACUCCUUCCUCCCCAUCCUGAGACCCUUCUCUCCCCCUUGGCUAUCCCACUGGCCCUGCUCCCUGCACUCCCUGCCCUUCACCAGCUCUCUGGACUCCAGACCCAUAGGGAAGGAACUUUGGUUUCCUCUUAACUCUCCUGAAAGGGUGAGGCAGUCUGAACCUGGCUGCCUUGUUAACACUCCAUUCUGAAGCCACCUAAACCACUCCCAUGAAGAAGGAUCUCAGCUAGCCGUCUGGAAACCUAGCCUAAACCUGGGCUGAUUUCUUAAUUUCUCUGACCUUCUCAAUCUUACGGUCUUCUGAUGAGCAUUAGGAUGACCCUAUGGGCCCCAGAGCACCCUCCAAAGCUCCGCCACUGAUCUCUGUGCCUUAGUUUACUUCUCUGCACAGGGGGGCUCACCAAAAGUCCAUUCCCAGUAUCUUUCUAGACCCUUUGGUGCCUCUACGGCUGGACCUUGCCUGCCAUGGCCCUGCCUGGAGGUACCAGGUUGCCAAGGCCAAGGAUAAGGUGACUGGGGCACCAUUCCAGACCACUAGCUCUCAAAUUGUGUCCCAGUAGCAGGAGCAUCACCAGGGAACUUGGCAGAAGUGCAAAUUUUGCCCCCCCCCGGGGGGUGGGCAUACUGAAUUAGAACUUCCCAGGCAGGUAACAGCAAGUUGGGAUUUGAAAGAGUUUUCCAGGUCAUUCCCACAUGCACAAGCUGGCCAACUGCUGGCCCAGGCUAGCAGUGAGUGCAGGCUGGAAUGGACUGGAGCUGGCAAAGAACGGGGGCCGCUGCCCCCCAUAAAACUACAACAAUAAAAACAACCAUUGGUGUCUCUGCUUCCAGGAAGCUGGUGGGCUGGGGAGGACAUGCAGUUUUCCCUUUCCUGUCCCUGGCUCAGUGCCAGCCCUGCUCACCCUCUCCCAUUUGUCUGGGUUUUACAAAAGGCUGUCUGGGCAGUGGCAGCAGGCAAGGGUGGGAGUCCUGGAGAGACAAGAGGCAAAGGACCCUGUUAGUUUGUCCCUUGGGAACCUCAUCAUAGGCCAGAUGGUCUCUCUCCAAGUGGAAAGAAUCCUAACUCUACAAGAAAAAAAUCCUAAGUCUCCAGCUCCUCCUCUUCCUCCCAACCCUAGGAAGACCUUAUUAUAGAUAGUGCCAAAAAAGCUCCAAAUCCCCCACACCUGGGGAAGAGAGCCAGAAGCUGUCCUUCCUCUUUAUCCUGGUCCCUCCCCAGCUCCUGCCAAUACUGUGAAGCCCCCUUCCUACUCAGCCUGGUGAGGGUCCUGCAGCUGUGGGUCCUGGGAGACCCCCAGGGAAAGGCCCCCUGGGAGGGAAGGGACCAAGGGCAUCCUUGGGCCAACUGUCCACCUGUCCUUUCCACUGCUCUCUCCUCCUCUGUCUUCAAAAGGCUCAUUCCCAGGAUGGAUUGGGUGCUAGGACAACUGCAGUCCAAUCCACCAGCUCUCCCUGCCCCCCCUGUGUCUUAUUUCAGACAUGAGAAUAAUUGUACAGUGUAAACUUACAAAACGUUUUUAAUGGUUGUAGAUUGGAAAUAAAGUAUGUCAUAUGAACAGUU